GUCCUCCGGUCCCGCCCCCGAGUGUUCGUGUCAGUGAGAGGUCGUCAAAGGUCACAUCGUCCUCCAUCUUGUUUCGCUUCAACUGCUCCUGGUUCAGUGACGCCAACGGAGCCGUGCGAUACUUCGCCGUGAUCGUGGCCGAAUCCGAUGCCAAUGAGAUGCUGCAGCCGGAGCAGCGCCACCCUCUGCCCUCCUACCGCGACUACAUCAGCAACUCCUCCGUCAGAGCGUAUCAGACGGCCUACUUCUCCAGCCGCUGUCCACAGGAGGCCGAGACGCCAGCUGGACAGGUCGUGGAGGUGAACCUGGGGGCAGGGGGCGAUCGACUGGGUGGGGCUUGUGAUCGUUACCAUGACGACGACCUCUACCUGAGUGACAGCUACGGCGGCUUCUGUGACGGGCCGCUGAAAGCCAAGACCUCCUACAG